GCCCCCCACAUUCAAACCACUGCCUGCCCUCCCGACUCCGACUCGUCCAUCCCAACCGAUCAUCCUGCUGGUCAGGUUCGACCCUAUACGUCUGUCGCCUCGCUGUACUGCUACCCCACCUUAUAUCGCAUACCCGACGCCCGCAGUUAGUGUUUGCUGAGUGCUUGUACUCGUCCCAGAGAACCGGCAAAAGGACCUCACGCGCUCUCUCGUAUAUUCUGUAUCUGACGCAAAGCCGACUUCACACGUCCCACCCAAUCACGAAUCCGGCCACUCGAUAGUGAACACCCCCGGCGCCUGAAGAGCGCAUUCCAUCGCAAGACUUGCCCCCGCAGAGGCAGCGAUACACAACUCCCUCAUCGUGAACUGUUUCUCGACAACAUCCUCCGAAGAAGCGAGAGCUAACGUUACUGGUUGCAACAUGUUCCACCCCAACAUCCACGGCGUGCCUUCAGGUCACAGCCACGGCCACGACCACGACGACCCCAUCAUCCUCGACGACAACGACCAAGAGGAUCAGCCGUACAACUCCGACACCGAUACCUCCACCUCCGACUCCAUCGGCAGCCGUCCGCACCGCCUGCCGGCGCAUGUAUUAGCGCAGCAGCAGCUAUCCCAGCUACAAUGGACGCAGAACAGACCAACAAUAAACCCCCUGCACCAAUUCCCCACCACAAAUGGCACCACACUAGGCGACUCGACCACAACCACAGUCACAGAAACCACCACCACCACCAACCAUUCCAAUCCAACCACAACCCCCUCAAGCAACCAACCCACAACCACAAGCACAACCAACACACACUACCAAACCUCCCUCGAACAAGACAAAAAGCUCCGCAGCCGCAUCCGCGAAGAGCGCCACGCCGCCCUCUGCGUCCUCCUGGACCGCGAACUCCUCACCGUCCAGGCCCUCGCCGCCCAAGAGUCCAUCCCCCAAACCCGCCGCCGCUUCCUCGCCAAACUCCUCAGCCCCGAGGACCCCGAAACCGCCGCCAGCCUGCAAGGCGACCGCUUCGUGAUCCAGCAUCCGAUGCGGUUGGGAUCGGGAUCCGCAUCGAGAUCCGGGACCGCGUCACCAGCGGCUACUACUGCUACUGCUGCUGCGGCGGCGGCGGCGGCAUCACCUGCCACUCCGUCCGGGGUAGACUACGAGGAAGACGACAGGCGGUUCCGGAUCGGGGUCGGAAUCGGCGGGCCCAUCACGACGACGGGGUUGAUUGUUCCGCGGCAGGUCGAGGAGGUGUAUGAGACGGACGAGGCCGGGUGGAGGCGGCCGCCGCCGGGGGGAGUGGAGCGGUUUGGCGGUGGUGGGAGUGGAACGAAUCGCGGGUCCCCUGCGGCGGCCGGGGCGGGGUCCUCCGCGGUGUCGUCGCCGUCCGGGAGGACGAAAGGGGGUACAGGGACGACGAGUGAUAGUAGUAGUAUGGCGGCUACGGCGGGGUCGACGCCCGAGAGGCAGCGGAGGGGCAUCAAGGGGCGGUCGCAGCGGGAGAGGGAGCGGGAGAGAGGGCGCGCGCGGAGGGGUUUAGUUGGUGGUGGUGCCGGUGCGGCGGCCUCGAUCUUUGGAUCUUCCCUUACAUGAGAUCGUCACUCCCCAGGGAUGGGAUUCUCUCCUGCUAAGGUACUGUCAACUGAACACUAGUACUCAGUUAUACUGCGACAUGAAGUGCUUUACCAUAAUCACCACUUCCCCAGGGUCACAGAGCCCGAAGCCCAACACCCAAGACAAGUCUCAAGGAAAAGACGCAUGUCGAAAGAUCUCCUUAUCCAAUUCGCCCCCAAGGACAGUACCAGUAA